AUGGCCGCCGAUGGUUCCAACCCCGGCUUCUUGGGCAACCUCAACAAGGAUCAGGAAGGCAAAUUACAAAGGCUUUGGUCAAUCCUACUCAAGGCAGGUGAGAUAUCCCUAACCGACGAACCUAUCAAUGGCUUCGCCGAGGAGCCUUGGAGUCCAACCCAACCCCAGAGACGGUUGUCGCUUCUUGGCCGUACACAGAGCAACGUCUCGGAAAAGGCCUUGCCGAUCCCGAACACACUAUAUCACCAAAACAUUAUGGAAUGCCUUGCAGAAAUGGGCGCUGGCGUGGCUGAAUCCAACGCAAUCAAGAAGGCCCUCUUGGAGAUCACGCCCACGGAGCUUCUUACGGGGGUGCUUGACACUCUCAAACACGACCACCCCGAUGCCGUGCUUUUGCGCUUCCUCCGCGCUCGGAAAUGGGAUGUGCCCAAGUCAUUUGCAAUGAUGAUGGAAGCAGUCGUUUGGCGAUUAAAGGAAAUGCACGUAGAUGAAGAUGUGAUGGCAAAGGGAGAGUUACAUGCCCUCAAGCAGACCGAAAACAAAUCCAGCAUAAGUGAACGGAAAGCCGGAAAUGACUUCAUGUCUCAAAUGCGCAUGGGAAAGAGUUACGUGCAUGGUAUUGAUAGGACUGGUCGCCCAAUUGUGACGGUAAGAGUCCGCUUACACAAGCCUGGGGCUCAGAGUGAAGAAUCUUUGGAGCGACAUAUUGUCCAUCUGAUCGAAUCGGUCCGACUUACAAUGGCUCCUCCGGUUGAGACUGCAGCUGUUCUAUUUGAUAUGACCGGCUUUGGACUGUCCAAUAUGGAAUAUCCACCUGUCAAAUUUAUUCUCAGAUGUUUCGAAGUUAACUAUCCUGAAUCUUUGGGAAUUAUGCUUAUUCAUAAUGCCCCGCGGGCUUUCUCAGGGAUUUGGCGACUCAUUCGAGGCUUGAUGGAUCCCGAAAUUGCAGCCAAGGUUGAGUUCACAAAUAGUGUCACCGACCUCGAGAAAUUCAUCCCACGUGAUCAGAUCGUGGAAGAGAUGGGCGGCGACGAGAAGUGGUCAUAUAAAUACAUUGAGCCCAGUUCCACCGAAAACUCAAAGAUGGAUAAUACUACGAUACGGGACGCCCUGAAACGCGAGCGACAAGCUAUUGGUGAAGAGUUCUUGGCUGCUACAUCUGGGUGGAUCAAUGCGACUAAAUCAGAGGACGCGACGAAGCUCCAUUCUAGCGAAAGCGAAAGAGCUUAUCUAGCUGAGCGGCUGCGUGUCAACUACUGGAAACUUGAUCCCUAUGCUCGAGCCCGUAUUCUCCUGGACCGAACAAACGUCAUUCAGGAUGGUGGCAAGGUUGAAUUUUAUCCUAAGACAGCUCCUAUGGAGAGUGACAUUGAAACAACCAAGGCAUUGGACGUGAAACAUUUAGAGCGGGUUGAGGAUGCUGCUCUCACCAUGCUGUCGUAG